CGUGCUGCAUGCAUAACGUGGUGUGCCUAAAGAGGACUAACAUUUUUAUUGGCGGCAGGCAACGAAAGAUAUUUGGUUGGGAGUUUCAGAAGCGGGAAUGUGUUGCAAGGAAUGUCUGUCCUCAAAACAACAUCACAAGCAAGUUUGCGCUGCCACAAUGCCUCCCAAGGCAAGGUUCCUCUGCAUGAAGAAAGACGACACCAUCUGGCAGAAACUCGACGAGGUGACAGGCGAGUGGGAAAGGUCAAUUCGGACAAGCGAGAUAUACCGCGCAGUUGGCAAGUUCAUCCUGAAAUACAAGGAUGGCCCAGCAGAAUUGAUGCAUUCGGCGGUGAAGGGUGGGUAUAAUAUCGUCUACCGCCUCGAAUACAAAGACGGCUCAUCGGUGAUAAUGAGAAUUCCGAUUAAAGGUACGCUGCAUGCUAUAGACUAAUAUCACUCCUCCAUACCACUAACUCGAGCAGGUGUCGUCCCAUUUCCAGACGAAAAGGUUCUCUACGAGGUUGCCACGAUGAGGCACGUUGCUGCCAACACCACGAUCCCGGUCCCCCGCAUCUACCAUUACGGGACCGCAGCCGAGAAUCCCACGGGCCUAGGCGCGUUCAUCAUCAUGGACUACAUCGAGCACCAUCAAAACAUGUCCAGGGA